AUGGAUCGCAAUUGGAUGUACGGUUCAAGAACUACGAAUCAAUACAUUCUAGGGGUUGAGGAGUUCAUCGCAUGUGCAGUUGCGUAUCAGUUGAAGAAUGGUGACGAGUCAAUACUUUGCCCUUGUUCUAAUUGUGAUUGUUCUAGGAGGUUUCGUAAUGUUGAUCAGAUUAGGGAACAUUUAGUUCGUCGUGGCUUUAGGUUGAACUAUACAAGGUGGAUAUGGCAUGGUGAGAGUGUUAACCAUGGGGAGUGCAAUAUUAACUAUGGGCACUCAGGAAGCAACUUCGGAGGUGAUAAUGAUAUCCAUGAUGACGAUAAUGGUAGCGAUGAUAUGGAUAAUGAUGAGCUGGACUACGUUGAGGAUGAUGAGAUAAAUGAGAUGAUGCAGGAUGUAGAAGACUAUCUCAAUGAUCAACCUAGUAUGUAUGAGACUUUAUCGAGUGCCGCGAGUAAGCCAUUGUAUCCUGGUUGCUCUAAGUACAGCAUCUUAUCUACUAUGUUGAAGCUGUAUAAUAAGAAAGCAAAAUACAACUGGUGUGAUCAGAGUUUCACUUCUCUAUUGGAAGAUUUGAAAGAUAUGUUUCCGGAAGGGAAUGAAAUUCCGAUAUCUAACUAUCGAGCAAAAAAGAUGCUUUGUCCUAUGGGUAUUGAGUACCAAAAGAUACAUGCAUGUCCGAAUGAUUGUAUAUUGUAUCGGAAAGAGUAUCAAGAUCUCCACAAGUGUCCAAGAUGUGGGUUAUCGCGCUACAAGCGGAAGAAAGUGGAUGGUACACCAGAUGAGAAAGGACCUCCGGCAAAGGUGUUGUGGUAUCUUCCGAUAAUACCAAGAUUUAAACGUUUGUUUGCGAAUAAGAAGGAAGCAAAGAAUUUAAGGUGGCACGAAGAAGGGAGAAAGAAAGAUGAAUAUCUUAGACAUCCCGCCGAUUCUCCACAAUGGAAGAAUUUUGAUGAGAAGUUCGAUGAUUUCGGUAAGGAAAUGAGAAAUUUAAGGCUCGGUCUUUGCACGGAUGGAAUGAACCCUUUUGGCACACUUAGUACUCAACACAGCACUUGGCCGGUUCUUUUAUCCAUAUAUAACCUCCCUCCUUGGCUUUGUAUGAAGCGAAAAUACAUCAUGUUGUCCCUUUUGAUAUCAGGGCCAAAACAGCCGGGAAAUGAUAUUGAUGUUUACUUAGCACCACUUAUUGAUGAUUUGAAAGUGCUAUGGAAUGAAGGUGUUCCCGUGUUUGACUCUUACACUGAAACAAACUUUACUUUGCGUGCUAUGAUAUUUUGUACUGUGAAUGACUUUCCGGCAUACGGAAACUUAUCGGGUUAUAUUAACAAGGGAGCAAAAGCAUGUCCGAUUUGUGAAGAUGAUAUGGUGGGAGAGUACUUAGAACAUUGUAAGAAGAACAUAUACUGGCAUACUCGUAGGUUGUUACCUCUUGAUCACCCUUAUCGAAAGAAGAAAAAACCGUUCAAUGGGAAAACAGAGGUUCGAGUUGCCCGUCCUCCUCUUACUGGAAGCGAGGUGUACGAGCGGGUCAAAGAUAUCAACACAGUCUAUGGAAAGCCUUACAAGGCUGUAAAAGGAGCCCUUUAUAAGAAGAAGUCCCCGUUUUGGGAUCUCCCGUAUUGGAGGCAUUUAGAGGUCAGGCACUGUCUCGAUUUUAUGCACGUUGAAAAAAAUGUUUUUGAAAGUAUUAUUGGGACAUUGCUUAAUAUAACGGGAAAGACAAAGGAUGGUGAAAAUGUUAGGAAAGACAUGCAAAAAUUGAAGAUCCGUCCAGAGCUGGCGCCUGAAGAUAAGGAAAAAGGAAAAUAUCUUCCUCCAGCAUGCUACACUAUGUCUAAGAAUGAGAAAAUAAGUUUUUUUGAGUGUUGA